AAAAAAAAAUUAAAAAAUGAACCUGUUCCACUCUCUGCUGACUCAGAGCUCAGAAAGAUUUUAACAUAGGCUGAUCCUGGCCAAGGAAUUGAGGUCCUGAUGGGGGACUCAGGAUCGAGGCGUUCAAUCAUUGUGUCCCGGCUGCCAAUAUUCAGGAGAAGUAUUAGCCGGCGGCACGAUUCCCUCCCGUCCUCACCAACUUCUAGCAAUACUGUUGGUGUCCACAGCUCUUCUCCCUCCAGCACCAACUCCAGCUCAGGUAGCACCGGCAAGCGCAGGAGCCUCUUCCGCACGCCUUCCAUCAGCUUCCACCACCACAAGAAGGGGAGUGAACCCAAAGCUGAUUCUCCAGGGCAGAACGUGGGCAUUUUGAAUGGUGCUCAGUCUGGCCACGGCACUUUGCAGAAACUCGGUUUGGAGGAGCAUGUGAAGCACAGAGGGAGGCAUUCGGUCGGCUUUGGGAGUUCUCGGAGCAAGAAGAUCACCAGGUCUUUGACGGAGGACUUUGAGAAGGGGAGGGAGCCAUCAACCAAUAAAAACGUCUUCAUAAAUUGCAUAAGGUCUGGGAAGAAUGAAGGGGACGACUCUGGCUUUGCAGAGGACCAAAGCAGGGCCUCCAUUAAACAUUCCUCAAGGAAACUUCUCCCCAAAUCCUUCUCGACACACUACAGGUUUUCAAAGCCAGUCCCUCAAAGCCAGUCCAUUUCCUGCGUGCAGCCAUCUUCUUGCUUGUUGGACAUUAAGCCCAGUGUUGAAAGCGAGCCUGUGUCAGCAAAGUCUUCCUCCCCGUGUUCUGCUGACAUAAUAGAAUGUGCAGGCAGCUCUUUGCAGUCGCCGCUGCUCUCUGCUGACCUGACCACGGUCCAGACGCCUUCCGAGUUUCUAGCACUGACAGAAGAUUCUGUCUCGGAGGUCGACGGACUGCCCAACUGCGGGAAUUUGCACGGGGAAGCCUUUGCCCACAAUGUUUCUACCUCUCAAAUCUUCCUCAAUCCCAUUACUGCUGCUGUUGCUGCUUCCGCUGCUCCUCCUCUUCCUCCUCCUGUUCUUUUAAGGAAGAUGGAUCAUGCAGAAAGUGUUCCUCAUUGUGCUGUUCUAUCGCCCAGAAGUCACAGGGCCAGAAAUGGACUGCUCAAUGAAACUAGUGCCAUAUCCGAAACCCUUGAUUCUAACCGAAACCAUGCAAAAGUAUUAUUGCAAGAGCUUCCUGCUAAACAGACCAGCCAUCCCGAAGAAGCAAACUCAGGAGCUGAAGCACAAUUAAAACCCUUUGUCUUAAACCAGGGGGAAGUAACUGAAUGUUCCCCCAAAGCACAGGGACUACCUAGAGACCAACAAGAAGUUAAAGCACCGGAACAUAUUAGAGAAACCAUCCCAGUAAUUGAGUCGAAGAUUAUUCCUUUGUCUUCAGAACCGCAGCCUUUUCAAGCCCAGCAAGCAUAUGAAAUAAAAGUGAAUCUUGCUAGUAGUUUUAGCCCAUACCGAGAAGGAAGAUUCAUAGAAAAACGCCUGAGAUCCUCCUCGGAAGGCACUGCUGGGAGCAGCCGGAUGAUCUUGAAACCAAAGGAUGGAAACCCAGAAGAAAUGAACAGCUUGAGAAAGCAGAGAACGGGCUCCUCUUCAUCUAAAAUGAACAGCAUGGAUGUUUUGAAUAACUUGGGCUCCUGUGACCUGGAUGAGGAUGACCUCAUGCUCGACUUGGAAUUCCUGGAAGAACAGCAUCACAGGCGUUCUGUUUGCCGGGAAGAUUCACACCAGUCUAUAGUCUCAUGUGCUGCUGUGCUGCUUACUCCCAUUGAACCAACUGCUGAAGGAAAGAAGAAGGAACAGCCAAAAAUGCCUGAAGUGACCAAACAGAAUCUUUCUCUGAAGUUGUCAAAGGAAGUGGAUCGAGGAGAAGCGAGGUGCCCUCGUGUCAGCCAACUGGCUAGCAGCCCAUCUGUGGAGUGGCCUUUUGCAGCCAUUGAAGAUGGUGGAGGGAUGGAAUCUUUGCCCUUCCGACUGAUGAUGCAAGACUGUACAGCUGUCAAAACAUUACUUCUGAAAAUGAAGAGGGUUCUCCAAGAGAGUGCAGAUAUGAGUCCUGCAAGCAGUACCAACUCGCUUCCUGUCAGCCCACUUACUGAAGAACCGUUGCCAUUCAAGGAUAUAAUGAAAGAUGAAUGUUCAGCACUGAAGCUGCAACUGAAGGAGAGAGAUGAACUCAUUUCCCAACUGCGCGAAGAGCUGGAAAAAGCCCAAUAUUUACAGAGGACUCUUGCCUCUCAAGUAGAUAAAUCCACACAGACCGAACUUGUAGGCCACGAUGCCCUGUGGAAUUCUUCAUGUUCUGAACGUUCAGUUUACAAACCAAUCAGCAUCUCAUUGGUACCAACAUUAUUUAAUUAAAAUAACAUAUCCUUGGACACACAUACCACAUAGACAAUUAGUUUCACUUUGUUGCCUGUAUAAAGAAGAAUCUGCCUUUGCCUUUGGGGGUUUGCUGGGACAAAAUGCCUUGCUCAUUAUAAAAAAAAAAACAAGUAUUCUUCACUAUUCUCAUUUGCAUUAACAAAUAUUUGAUUAAGUUAUUACCAAUUAAUUAUUACAGGUGUUUGAAAAAUCAAAAUAAAGUACAAUUUUAUCUUC